AACGCAUCAAACCGUACCGGCAAUCAAAAUCCUUCCAAACGAUUAACAUCCUCCGACGGUUCCUCGCUGCGUUGCUGUUCGGCAUUGUGCUUUCCGUUCCUUUUCUGUUGUACUUUUUCAAAGCUGAUCGUGUGAACGCGUUUAAGAUUCCGUUGUCCAUCAGACUCAUGUUUUAUCUGCAAGCUUUGUUGCAGAUGGGCUCAUUAAGCUACGUGCUUUUGGUGUACCAGUUUCGUUCCAGUUUUCAUCGGUUCUAUUUCGAUCGACUCGUGUGCGUGCUGGAGCACUUUGGACGGCGAGAUAUUGACAAAAGUUUGUCAGCGCUUCAAACUAACAUGUGUCGGUUACUGAUCGCUAGCCUAGUGUUUGUGAUAUUAGUCUUCAGUGCGCUUGUUGUACGCGACCAUUCGUGGGCCAACGUGCUAAAGGUUGUGAUCUACCUAGCGACGCAACUGAUGGCAACGAGCUUUACGCUGCAGUACCUGACCGUUUUCGGUAUAGUGGCCGUGCUGCUACGCCAAAUGAAUGACACACUUGAGCUUAUCCUUUACGGUACAGUGGCGUGCGAUGAAAGUACAAACGGAUCCCACUCACGCCUUCGUACGCCGGUACGCUUCACGCGUGACGAUGAGCAAACGAUCGAAAAGAUACGCCUUUUGCAGCUCAAAUUGGUACAAAUCGUGUUUCACACCAAUGGGGGAGAAUAUGGUCUACUGUUGAUAGUGGUUCUGCUCACUACCUUUAUCUUUCUCAACACUGAGCUGCUGCAGCUGUACCAGGGCAUCAAGGCGAGCGCCUUCACCUUCGACGUGAUCGGCGCAAAGCUGACUAACUCGGCACUCAAGUUCGGGAUGAUGGUUGCAUAUGCGUUUGCAAAUCGAACGAUUCAGACACAGAAUCUAAGGGGAUUAAAACUUUUAUUUCAACUGCACAGUUCCUCCAGUAGUUCACGAUGCCACGAAAUUACAAAUCGGUUCAUUUCACAGACAACACUCUUCCUUGCAAAUGGACACGAAGCGUACAGCAUGAUCUCGAUCGAUAUGACCCUGAUCUUAAGUAUUGUUGCCGGUUUAACCAACAUUCUCGUAGUAUUGGUGCAGUUUGCAGACGGGAAACCCUCAUGCAACUAACUAUACUAAUAUUUAACUCUAAGCACUACGAGAGGGCCUAU